AUUCAGGUAGCACACAAUCAGAAUUCUCUGAUUUGACAUGGGGAAUACGCCUGCAAAGGAGGAGCACGAGGAGAUCCUGGUUAAAGUCAUGCCUCCAAUGGACCGAGCCUUUGUUAGAUGGCUUGCUCGUGAUGUCCAAAGGCUUCAUGGUUUCGCCCCAAAGAAUCCUCGUGCUAUAAAGCCCCCUGAUCAUUAUAUUGAAUACAUGCAGCUUUAUGGCUGGCUGGAUCUGGACAUGGAUGACCCAGAUCUGUCUCACUUGGUAAAGUAGGAUGUCAUUUUCUGUUUCUGUUUCAAGUGAUUAUCAUAUAAUGGAGGUGUCUAGGCCUGAUGGAUCAAUUGGUUUUGUCAUAUAUGACAAUUUAUAGCCUACAAAAUUUGAAUGAACUUUGUGGUAGAAGAACGUGCUAUCAUUCCCAAUAUACGGUGUAAAAUAGUGAAAUUAGAUAUACAUUGUAGUUCCUGUUUGUACCAAUGAGAUUGUGUUGAUUCUGCUUGGCCUGUACAUUUUGCUGCAGGAUGCUGUAAAUAGUCUCUGCGCUAAAUAGUGGCCUUUGCCCGUCUUUGCCAGAAGCUUUCGAGUCCUUGAUACUGGAUUUACCAUUUA